AUGGAAGCACAAGGGGCUACUGCAGAAUUGGUGGAAUACUUGCAGGCAGCAUACAUUCAAGAUAGCCCGCUGGAGCCGGAAACUAUCAACAAAUGGCUCUUGCAGAUUCCGCCGCAGGCCUUACAGUGGACCUCUACCACAGAUGACGACAUGCCGCCGCUACAUUAUGCCUGCAUGAACGAGGCCACAGAUCCUGGGCAGCUCUAUGCCGCAGUGGCACGGCUACUUGAGCACGGUGCCGAUCCACAGGCGAAGGAUUCGGACGGGGACACGGCAUUGCAGGCUGUUCUCAGUCUUGCGACGCAAGAUGAAGAACCUCCCGAUCAAGAGGCUGCCCAGGCCCACUAUGCAGUCGUCCGGGCGCUGAUCCACUGUCCGAAGCAGGAGCUCGGAGAACCUGAGUUACGGAGCCUUUGCGGUUGGCUGCGCAGUCGUGUUCCAGAGAACGGGCAGAAGCAGGUCCUGACUGAACUCGAAAGACGAGUUGGCCGAGAAGCGACAGCGCGUGCUUGGACGUCUGAAAUGUUUAUGCAGUACCUGGAGCAGUCCGCUUACGAGGAAAAGCGUCCUUUGCAAGCUUCGGUCGUGCAGCAGUACCUUGCGGCCGGUGCCUGCCCUUCGAUCUCGCAAAACGGUGCUUCAGCCCUCUUGCUGAUGGUAUUGAAUCCAUACUCCAGCUAUGAGGAGAUGGUCCCGAUUUGUCGCAUGGUCCUCCAAAAGAGUCCCCAAGUGGUCUGUCAGCGCGAUGGCUUCAAGCUCUCGCCGCUGGAUUGGGCCUCCGACUACGAAAAUAUUGCUGCUCAGCAUAAUGUCCCACCAAACCCGGCAGCGCUUCUGGCCCUUCUGCCGGCGGUGGUGGAACUGGCUCCGGAAAUGGCUGAUGCAUCCGGGGCUAGGUGCCUGAAAGUCAGCGCCACUGGCAUCACAGGAGAAGCCAGGCCCGAAACUUCAUUGCGCUUCCUCGAGGGUGAUCGUGUCCGGUGCCGCGUGGAGGCUCCAGGAGGUACGACUGCCUGGGAAGAAGGUACCGUCGUCGCGCUGUGGUAUCGGGACAAAUGUUGGCCUCGAAGUUUUCCUGGAGCGCCAUACGAAAUAAAGCUCGACAUCGGACAGCUCGUCUAUGCACUUUCGGACAACGAUGUGAUGAUCAGAAGUGAGGCACAAAAGGCUCCCAGCGCGGGACUACCGACAAAAGUAUCAGGUGGCCGUUUCUGCAAGCGGCAGAGAGAGGACGGCAGUUGGGAGUUGCUGGACACCAAGUCUGGAAAGUCUCGGGCUUGCUCACCGCCGGACUCCGACGAGGAGCAGCAGAAGCUGAUGCUGCGAUUGCUACAGGAGGCUGGGCUGGAGGGCACGCUACCAAGCACCUUUCCCACACUGCCUUUGUGGUAUACGGAGGAGGAGAAGGAAUUCUUGAAGGGCACUUCAGUGGACACGCUGCUUCAGGGAGCUCACAUUGCCAAUGUCAAGGACUUGCAGGCCAUGCAAUCGUGCUGCGAGCAGUUGGACAUUUUUACAUCCCCACCUUCUCUGGAGCAGUUGCGCUGGGCCGCCUCAGUUGUGGCUUCACGCGCUUUCGACUCGUCCGCGGCUGGAGUAAUCCUGGCGCCUUUCGCCGACGCACUGAAUCAUUCCAGCGCUGCUCCGCACACCCGGAUGAGAGACUGUGGCGAGCAGCUUUUGUUCCACGCAGAGCGGGACAUUUCUGCUGGGGAGGAGAUCUUCAAUUGCUAUGGCAUGCAGGGCAACACCCAAUGGCUCCUUAAUGGUGGAUUUCGGGACAGCUCGCGACCAUGCGACGAUCUUCUUGUCACACCAGCAGAUGUGGUCAGUUCAGCGCUGGCUCACAUGCGCUUUUGCAAGGAAGAUUACCUUUUUGCGCGGCUGUCUCUUCUGCAGGAUUUUGGCAUUGGCAGCGGCUCCUUCUGCAUAUCUCCCACGGACAUUCUUCCUGACGAAUUGGCGACGAUGCUGCUGGUCAUUUGCAUGACAGAUGCAGAGUUUGCCAAGUACCAUCAGCAAAGAGCAGGCAGGACUGCUGCUCGCUGCUUGUUUGGCUCUACACUGCUUCCAAACCUUUUCUAG